UAGGGGGCCCCAAGCAAUGUUGGGAAAUUUCUCAAGGAUACGACCUGGACGGCCCAUCCCCUUCGCUCCCUCCAAGUCCCUCGACGAGAAGUCGAACAUAUUCAGAGUCAAGGGAGUCUUCGGCGGAAGCAUAUCCGUGGUCGGACCUUCAUAUGAUGAGAUCAUUGGUAUUCCAGACGCCACAAGAAGCUGGUAGGUAACUUUAUUAGUCUGCGAGGAAGACAUGGAAAAGUUGCGGAAGAAGAACGAGGCUUUCAUGCGGGUUCUGCUUGGUUUGGGCAAUGCGGACCUAGUCAAGAUUCAGCCAAUAGGUCACCAAUUCUCGUCGCUCUGUUUAUCUUCGGAAGAAACGAGGAAAGAAAUGCGGGAGUCGUUCGCCUCCUUGAGGCGGGAUGACAACACCAUAAUAACCCCAGGCGAAAUGAAUUCGUUAGCGUUACCUACGUUUAGAUUCGGGCCCUAUGUACAGGAUCUUCAAGACGUACAGGACGUAAAAGGUGGUAGUGCGGAACAACCGCAUCUUUUCGCCACCGGCGACGGGAAGAUUGGGUUGAUACCACCCACUGCUCGCUGUCAAGAUCUGCUUUUCCAGUUCUGGGAUUCGGAUGUCGUUGCUGUAGUAAGAUUCUCUGGGCUAUCGCUCCAGACGAGGAUUGUUGAACGAGCUGUCCUUGCAAAUGAUGAAUAUAUGGGGGAGGAGAAGUUCCCAAGACCAAUGGGUGUGGAUACGGGAUUAAACUUUGGCAAGGGUGUAGAACUGUUUGUAGACAUUCGAACUCUACAACUGUUGACGCAAUAGCAAAUAAAUUCUCUCAAUCUCACCCCCAAUCUACAGCCCUCGACCUCAUCGACAUCCCGUCACUAACGACCGAGCUCGGUGUUCUGAACACAGACGUCGAAGAAGGAACCCGACUGAGUGAAACAUCGUUCGAUGCACCCGCGU